AUGUUGUUGGCUGAAGGCCCGCUGUUUGCGUUUUUUGUCUUCUCGACCCGGCUUUGCUGCCCGCCAGUCUCGAAGACACGUUCUGGGUCUUCCCGGCCCGGCUGGUUAGCCCGCCGGCCUCGAGUCUCGUGCCUCGUGAAUUCUCAUCUCAUGUUCUGGAAUUCCCGUCUCCGUUGUUGGUUUUCCAGUUUUCCUUCUGUCUCCGUCCUUGUGUGCUGUCGUCAUCCGGGAUCCGAUUGGAUCGCUGCGUCGCGUGGUGUCUGCAUCUGCAGCCCCUACUUCCUCAGCCACCCUGACGAUGACUGGUCGUCGGUGGGUGUUCUACUCCUGCGCAGCGGGCCCACGAUCCGCUGUCGACAGUUUCGCUGA